AUGUCUUGCGAAGAGGACGGAGAUGAAUCAGAGUAUAAUCCAGACCAGGAUGAGGAGUCAAGUAGUGAUGAAAGUAGUGAUAAAUCUUCAGGUCAUGAAAUGGUGCGAGGUGAUUCAGAUGAAGAAAUUGUGGAAGAGGAAUCAGCCAAUACCAAUGUGAACAAAUCAGACCAGUCUAAAAAGAGAAAGCGUCCAAGCAAAGCGAGGAUUAAAAAAGAAUGCCCAGUACCCUACUGUCAUAAGAUUGUUGUUCAUCUGCCAAGGCAUUUGCAAAAAGUGCAUGAUUGGCCAAAACAUCAAGCUCGUGCUGCAGUAUUGCGGUUUAAUUUACGUAAGAAAUAUUCCUUUUCAACUGCAGAGAGUGCAGCUGCUGGCAAUAGGAAAGGGAAAACAAAUGCUGAUGAGCAUGGGCAAAAGAGGUGCAACAAGGAUUACCACAAAAAGAGAUGUUGUCCAAUGGUAGGGUGUUCUGCAGUGGUCAAAAGGUUACCUGCACAUUUGCAAACUGUUCAUGGUUUCAGUCCAAAGUCAUCAAAGUACAAGGCCUUGUUAAGUAAAGCUCUUCCACAACCCAAAAGGCCCUAUUCAGUUCAGAUGAUUGAAAAGAGAGCUGCUGCUAUCAAGAGAAUUGAAACUGAACCACCUAUGCCUGAUAUACCUGUAGUGGAUACUGUGAGAAAUGAUGAAGAUGAAGAAAUGGACUUGGAAGAUUUUGAACAAACUGAGACUUCAACCACAUGUGAUGUGAUUUUAAUUGAAGAUGAUGUGGAUAGCAGCAAGAGUCCUGACCCUGAAGUGUUAGUCAUGCUUGCCAAUUGGUUACAAUCGCCGGAUGGAGGUAAAAAGAUGAGAAAACAGCAAAACAACAUGUGUCACAGAUAA